UGCAUAGGGGUGUGUCUGGCUGAGACGUGAAAGUAAAGAAAAGUCUGCAGUUGCUUCUCAAGGAUACAGCCUGUGACUCAUUUUGUGAAAUGGCGGCUAAAGCUUCAUUUUUGGAAGAGGAGUUAUGUUGUCCUGUGUGCUCUGAUAUUUUCAAGGACCCUGUCGUCUUGGAGUGCAGUCACAGUUUCUGUAGACUCUGUUUGCAGCAGUGGUGGGGGGAGAACAGUCCUCGGGAGUGUCCCAUCUGCAGGAGCAAGGCCUCUUCAGGCCACCCUCCCGUAAGCCUGGCUUUAAAAAACAUUGUGGAGUCCUACUUAAAGCAGAAGACUGAGUGUGAGGCUGCAGAGACAAGUGAAGACCAGUGCCCUCUUCACAAAAAGGAACUUCUGUUCUUCUGUGAGGAUGAUUUGCAGCCUCUCUGUAUUGUGUGUCAGACUUCAAAACAACACAGAAAUCACCAGAUUUGUCCAAUAGAAGAGGCUGUUCUGGAUCUGAAGAAUAGGCUCGUGACUGCACUAAUUCCUAUUAAAAAAAAGUUAGAGAGGUACACUGCAGUUAAACAAGAGUGUGAAAAAAACACAAAACACAUCAGGCAGAAUCAAGCCCAGCACACAGAGAACCAGAUAAAGGCAGAUUUUGAGAAGCUUCACCAAUUUCUGCGAGCAGAAGAGGAGACCAGACUGGCUGCACUGAGGGAGGAAGCGGAGCAGAAGUGUCAGUUGAUGAAGGAAAUGAUAGAGAACUUCACACAAGUUAUUUCCACCCUUUCAAACACAAUCAAGGCUAUUGACACAUCCAUAGAGGGUGAAGAUGCUUUCUUCUUAAAGACCUAUACGGAUGCUAAGAGAAGAGCCCAGUGCACACUGCAGGAUCCAGAGCUGCUCUCAGGGGCACUGAUAGAUGUGGUCAAACACCUGGGCAACCUGAAGUUCAGAGUCUGGGAGAAGAUGCUGGAGAUGGUGCAGUACACCCCUGUGAUUCUGAACCCCAACAUGAUGUCCCCCCGGCUCUGUCUGUCAGAUGACCUGACUUGUGUGAGGCUCUCUGAAGUUAAACAACAAAUUCCUGAAAACCCAGAGAGGUUUUCCUGUGGCGUAAGGGUAUUGGGCUCAGAGGGGUUUACUUCAGGGAAACACAGCUGGGAGGUGGAGGUGGGGGAAAAAUCUACCUGGAUUAUAGAAGUGGCGAAAGAUUCCAUCAACAGAAAUGAGGUCAUUUUAUGCAGCCCAGAGAGUGGAUUCUGGGUCCUAGGGCUGAAGAAUGGUUAUUACGGAGCAGCUGGAGUUACUAACCUCAAACUGAAGAGGAAGCCCCAGAGGAUCAGAGUGGAGCUGGACUAUGACAGGGGGGAGGUGUCCUUCUUUGACUCCAGUGACAUGUCACUCAUUUACACUUUCAAAGGCACAUUCACUGAAAAAAUCUUCCCAUAUCUCAAUCCCUGCCGAAAUGAUGAUGGCAGAAAUGCUGGGGCCCUGCAGAUCUGUCCAUUGUCUGUAAGAGUGAUGAAAUCCCAGUAAGUUGGCCAUUAAUAAUGAUGCCAUCGCAGUGAGCAUGUGAUUAAUAGUGAUGUCAUCACUGUGAGUGCCUCAUCUCCGUGAAAGUGCCUGUAACUGAUGUGACCUAUUAAAACCAUUGAACUGGA